UCCCGCACGACCCACAAAGUAUCGCGAGAUCAGAGCUCAGCGAGGAUAGUGUCGUGAGCUAACUGUGCUUCUCGGUCGUUAGCGCUUGGUGCCAACAAAAACCUACAUUUAGCAGUUGAAAAGCACACGGAAGCAUCAGCGGAUGCGUCAAAUGCGCAGGUCGGGGUAAUCCGAGCGCAUUCCUUUUUCCAAAGGCGCAGUGCGUCUGUUUCGGUGGCCUAGCUGGUGACGAUCGCGCUGCUAACGAGCUAAGCUGCUAACAUCCGCUUAGCCUCGCUGCGUUCGAGAGGCCGAGGAGCAAAAGCAGGAAGGAGGGAGCGGACGAGCCGCCUGGCCUCAACGGUUACCUGCUCCAACCGCCCGUCUACCGACGAGAACCCACACAGACGAGCUCUCGCCAUUCUUGUGAAAACGGGAACAGAUAUUAAGGGGAGAAAUAAUUAGACUGGCCUAAAGAUGUCAAAGGCUCCGGAUUCCCCAGCUCGGUCCCGCUCCAGAUCGAGAUCCAAAUCCAGAUCUUACUCCAGGUCUCACUCGAGGAGCCGCUCCCGCUCAAGAUCCAGGAAACGUCGCUAUAGCUCCAGGUCUCGCUCCCGCUCUCGCUCCCACUCUCCGUCCUACAGAAACUAUCCUUCCAGGGACUAUCAGAACAACAGAGGGGGGUUCCGGGGCUACAACCGGGGCUACCGCAGGCCCUACCACUACCGUGCCAGAAACCGAGGCUAUUACCCCCGCAGCCAUUACCAGAACAGGGGAGGUGGCGGCGGGGGCUAUGGCUAUAAGUCCCACUGGCAGGGCGGUGGCGGCGGCGGCGGCGGUGGAGGAGGAGGAGGAGGAGGAGGAGGAGGAGGAGGUGGUGGUGGUGGAGGAGGCUGGCACGAUCGGCACCACGACCAGGACCACCACAUGCACAGCCCGAGGAGGGGCCGCUCCCGCUCCCGCACACCCAAGAAGCGCUCGGGCAGCCGGAGCCGCUCCCACUACUCGGAGCGCUCCUCCUCGCAGGGAUCUCGGCGCUCCAAGCACUCCAGCUUCUCCUCGCGGUCCAGGUCCUCAUCGCCACAUCGCCGCAGCAGCAAGGGCAAGCCUGGAGCCAAGGAUGCCAAGGACAAGCCGGAGGGCAAGGGAGAGAAAUCGGGCCGAGCAGAAGACGGCGGCGCCAUCGAGAAGGUAUCCGGAGGUAAAUGGAUAGACUAUGACACCAGCCCCAAACGAAUCAGCCCAGACACGAAAAAAGAAGGUGACCCCACUGGUCUGGACGGCAAAGGGUCUGUGAGCGGCAUCCCCAUGUGGAAAACCAUCGGCACCGAGUCCCCUCCAGCAAAGAGCCCUACCAAGUCCGGACAAACUGCCUCCUUCAGCGGCUUUGGGUUCUUCUCAAAGGAAGAGGCCAAAUGUGAAGAUAAGACUGUGAUCUCUGCUGCAUUCAAGAAGUUCUUGGCCGAGAACAAAAACAAAAAGCAGGCCGCUGAAAAGGAGAACGGCCGCGAUAAAGAGCAGAGCGGCGCUGACCGAGAGCUCGAGAAAGGAGGCAAGUCCGGAGACCUUUUCAACAUCUCUGCCACUUCUUCAUCCGACAAGGAGGGCAAGACGCUGCCUUUCUUUGACGCUGGAGAAGAGGAGUUCCUCAAGUCUCACGGGCUGAAAGAGAGGGACAUCAAUGAGGACGGCGAUGUCAAAACCACCCUCACUGCUCGGGACAUUUUCGGGAAGUGGGGGGAUGAGCCGAGCUAUUCCACGUCCUACCCGUCAGUUAAAGAGAAAAGCCGCAGAGAUCCCGAAGAAGCCGAGCCCCUCGAUCACAUGGAGGAGGAGUUCUACCGAGGCCGCAAGCACAGCUCCAAGAAGGAGGAGAAGUCCAAGAAGAAGGAGAAGAAAGACAAGGAGAAGUCCAGGAGGAGUCUGUCCCCGCCCGCAACGUCCAGAGAGAAGGAGCGCCCGCUGUUUCCCGGAGCUUUCCCUCGUCGCGAGGACUCCCCUGUACGUCACAUGUCAGCAACAAGGGACGACUUUGAACACAAAAUCGCUUCUGUCGAUGAGAUGCCCAGUUCCUCCCUGUCUAAAGAGCGCCUCAUGCCGCGAGAGAUGCCCAAUCCCACUAAGAAAGAUCCAGAGUUUCGUUCCAUUUUUCAGCACGUUCAGUCGCCACAGCUCCGCCGGAGCCCCUCGGAGCUGUUCGCUCAGCACAUAGUCUCAAUCGUGCACUACAUCAAAGCGCAACACUUCCCAUCCUCAGACAUGACUCUAAGUGAGCGUUUUGCCAUGUACCAAAGAAAGGCUGCAGAGGUAGAAAUGAUGAAGCCAAGGAAGAGCCCAGAAAUCCACAGGAGAAUCGAUGUUUCCCCGAGUGCUUUUAAGAGGCACUCUCACCUGUUUGAGGAUAUGGAGGAGACCAGCUACAAGGAUCCAAGUAAAAAGUUCAAAGGCGACGUGAUGGACCUUCGCCUGGAUAUUGAAAGGCGCAAGAGGUUUGCCGGGAAGGAGCCGAGGCGCGAAGGAGACCGGAGCCCCGGAGGCUCCCGAGGAGCGAGCAGAGAGAAGUCCUCUGAGAAAUCCGGGAAACACCACAAGAAAUCCAAGAAGGGUAAGAAGAAGCGGGAGCGCUCUCCGUCCUCCUCUUCCUCAUCCUCCUCUCCGUCCCCCUACCCUCCGCCUUACAGAGGUAAGGAGUUCAUGGGAGGAGACGGGAUGGAGCACCCUGAGGAGUGCUAUGGUCAGAUGCGUUAUCCUCCACGCGACUACUGCGGCUCGGGAGAACGAGGCCACUACGACGGCUACAAUGCAGAGAGAGGCCGAGGCCGCGGAUUCUUCCCCAGAGUCAGAGGGAGAGGGUGGAGCAGGGGAAAUUAUCCAGGCAACAACAACAACAACAACAGCAGCAAUGGAAACCCUGCAAAUGUAAAUCCUGCAGUGCGCCCUCCAGAGGAGGAGUGGGACCCUGAAUACACUCCCAAGAGCAGGAAGUAUUACCUGCACGACGACCGCGACGGCGAGAAGACCUGGGUGGACAGCCGCGGGAGGGGCCGGGGUUCCAUCCCGUCCCGCCGGGGGCGCUUCAUCUACCGCAAGGGGGGCAGCAGCCCGAAGUGGACCCACGACAUGUUCCAGGGAGGGCAGGAGGGCGAGCUGGGAGACGACAGCGCAGAAGUAGAGCGUAAAGACGCCAAGAGCGCCGGAGACGUCUCCGCCCAGAAGCAGUAGAGCAGCUGGCUCCAUCUUCUCUUGUGUAUUCAGUGUGGUAACGGUUACUGUGGCGAUGGAGGGGUUGUUCUUUUCUGUUUCCCCCACCAGGUCAUCAUGUUGUUUAUAGUUAAAAAAAAAAAAAAAAUGUGUUCAGUGAGUUUGAGCCUUCUCACAGUUUGAGUGAAGAGAGAACUGACUUGAACGAGGAGCGGCACUCUGUUGCGUUUUGUAUGUGAGGUUAGCUUCAUUUCAGAGUGCUUUUAUGUGAAGGUGAUUUGUUCUGUUUAGUGUUUUGCAGCCGGUUAGCUCAACGGUUUCUUUUUAAGGGAGAAAAUACUGAGGCAACAGAGAUGAAGAUUCUUUGGAGAAAAAAAAAAAAGACAAAAUAAGAAAUGCAUUUGUGCCUUAGAAAUGACAUAUACAGUAUAUAUAUAUAGCGAUACCUGUGUAAUCUGUUAGAGGGCACAGCCCCGGCUGCGAGAGGCACAGCUGUACCUGUGCGAGUGUAGCAAGGCGUCAGAUGAUUUCCACCUUCCUGUUCUUUCUUCCUUUGUUUUUUUUGGGGGCUGUGAUAAAUCUUUGAUGUUACUGCAUGAAGCGUUCGAUUCAUAGCUCGCUCCUCGGGACCAAUCGGUAGUGGGCCCCGGGCUCACCGUCCGCAAAUUAUCAAACACGGAAAAUCUUUUGAUGAACCGCUCCGAAAAAUCAGAUAACUUCAUCCGAGCUUUUUCAUUAGUGCCACUUAACCUGUAUUUGUCAUUAGGAAGUGAAGACAUUUUUACGUGUGUGUGUGUGGAUGGUGUCCAGUAUAUUCACAUAGAUUGUGGGUGUUUUCAGUUAAAAAAAAAUUGUAAAUGAAUUUGACACAAAUCCACAGAUCUUUUUUUUUUUUUUACUCAUAACCAUCGAUUGAUUUAGGUAAGUGGCUACCUCCUUGUUUUAGACUUUUAAUGAAAAUGAAAUAAAAUGAUAGUUAUUACAAGAGGUUGAUAUGUGUAUAGACUUAUAGAACCUAAAUUAUUGUAAUCAACAUCGGGGGAAAGGAAAACUAAACUAUGGUUCAUUUUUUUAAAGACAAAAGUUGCAGUGAACCCUCUCGCAAAAAAAAGCAAACCACUGUUAAAACUCCUGUCAGAGAACCUACACGGGAAGUAAAGACGACAAAACGUUAAGUUCAAGGCAUCGAUGAAAGUUUUUAGGAGGAAUUGACGCGACUUUGUUUCGUGAAUCUCACUGUGUUGCUUGGUCCCACUUUUGACUGUACAUACUGCAUGUACUGAACAGCUGUAGGACUGUUUUCUUUAAUCUGAAGCUGAAUACUUUUUUACUGUUUCCAAGAGCUUUGGAGUUCUGUCUUUUAAUUUUCAAUAAAGUUUUCUUUGAUUAAGGGCAA